CAGCUUCUCAGCUGGGAGACUGACUUGUCACCAAAGCCAAAUAACCAGCAGAAGGUGUGGGAGAUGAAGAUCCUGGAGACAUCAUGCCCCGCUGCCAGGGGAUGCUCUAGUCAUGCUUCUGCUUCUUGGAGCUCACACCGGCAACCAGAACGUGAAACUUGAACCUGUCCAACUCAGCAAGGGAAGAGUUAGACAGGUGGCUUGGUGUGAUGGGAGAGCAAUGGGAUUUGUGUGCAAGAGACUUACACGUCUGAACUGGAAUAGAUGUCUUUGCAGUGCUCCUCUAUCUUGGCAGCUUGCCAAAACAGCCAAGGGUUGGGAAACAGCAACUCUAAAAACAUGCAUCGAAGGCACACAACCCUUCGGGAGAAAGGCCGGAGACAGGCUAUCCGAGGCCCAGCCUACAUGUUUAACGAGAAGGGCACCAGCCUGACCAUGGAGGAAGAACGCUUCCUGGAUUCUGCGGAAUAUGGCAACAUCCCAGUGGUGCGGAAAAUGCUGGAGGAGUCCAAAACCUUGAACUUUAAUUGUGUUGAUUACAUGGGACAAAACGCCUUGCAGCUAGCGGUGGGGAAUGAGCAUUUGGAAGUGACUGAACUCCUUCUGAAAAAGGAGAAUCUGGCUCGAGUUGGAGAUGCACUGCUGUUGGCCAUCAGUAAGGGAUACGUGCGCAUUGUGGAAGCAAUAUUGAACCAUCCAGCCUUUGCACAAGGGCAGCGUCUAACACUAAGCCCCCUUGAGCAGGAACUACGUGAUGAUGAUUUUUAUGCUUAUGAUGAAGAUGGAACUCGGUUUUCUCAUGACAUCACCCCCAUAAUACUCGCUGCUCAUUGCCAAGAGUAUGAAAUUGUUCAUAUCUUGCUUCUGAAAGGGGCACGGAUAGAAAGGCCCCAUGACUACUUCUGCAAGUGCAAUGAAUGUGCCGAGAAGCAGAGGAAAGAUUCCUUCAGUCACUCUCGAUCAAGAAUGAAUGCCUACAAAGGAUUAGCAAGUGCCGCUUAUUUGUCUCUUUCUAGUGAAGACCCCGUUCUUACUGCUUUAGAACUAAGCAAUGAAUUGGCAAGACUAGCCAACAUUGAAACUGAAUUUAAGAAUGAUUACAGGAAGUUAUCUAUGCAAUGCAAGGAUUUUGUUGUGGGUGUACUGGAUCUCUGCAGGGAUACAGAAGAAGUGGAGGCUAUUCUGAAUGGAGAUGUGAACAUAAAAGUGUGGCCUGAGCAUCACCGCCCAAGCCUGAGCAGAAUUAAACUUGCCAUUAAAUAUGAGGUCAAAAAGUUUGUUGCUCAUCCCAACUGUCAGCAGCAACUGCUCACCAUGUGGUAUGAAAAUCUCUCAGGCUUACGUCAGCAAUCUAUAGCUGUGAAAUUCUUGGCUGUUUUUGGGGUCUCGGUAGGCCUUCCUUUCCUCGCCAUAGCAUACUGGAUCGCUCCCUGCAGCAAGCUGGGACGGAUCCUCCGAAGCCCUUUCAUGAAGUUUGUGGCACAUGCAGUUUCUUUUACAAUCUUCCUCGGACUGUUAGUAGUGAAUGCCUCAGACCGGUUUGAAGGAGUGAAAAAUCUUCCCAAUGAGACCAUCACGGAUCAUCCCAAACAAAUAUUUAGAGUAAAAACUACUCAGUUCUCAUGGACAGAAUUGCUAAUCAUGAAGUGGGUUUUAGGUAUGAUAUGGUCAGAAUGCAAAGAAAUCUGGGAAGAGGGUCCACGCGAAUAUGUCAUGCAUCUUUGGAACCUGCUGGAUUUUGGGAUGCUAUCUAUCUUUGUGGCAUCAUUCACAGCAAGAUUCAUGGCUUUUCUCAAAGCAACUGAAGCACAACACUAUGUAGACCAGUACGUCCAGGAUGACGACCUCAGUAAUGUCACCCUUCCCCCUGAGAUUGCUUACUUUACUUAUGCCAGGAACAAGUGGCUUCCCUCAGACCCUCAGAUCAUAUCAGAAGGACUAUAUGCAAUAGCUGUGGUACUCAGCUUCUCCCGCAUCGCUUACAUUCUUCCAGCCAAUGAAAGCUUUGGCCCUCUUCAGAUCUCUUUGGGAAGGACUGUGAAAGAUAUCUUCAAAUUCAUGGUCAUCUUCAUCAUGGUGUUUGUUGCCUUCAUGAUUGGAAUGUUCAACCUUUACUCUUACUACCUUGGUGCAAAAUAUAACCCAGCAUUUACAACGGUAGAAGAAAGUUUUAAAACCUUAUUCUGGUCAAUAUUUGGCUUGUCUGAAGUGAUAUCAGUGGUGCUGAAGUAUGAUCAUAAGUUCAUUGAGAAUAUUGGAUAUGUACUCUAUGGAGUUUAUAAUGUUACCAUGGUGGUGGUGCUGCUCAAUAUGUUAAUAGCCAUGAUCAACAACUCCUAUCAGGAAAUUGAGGAGGAUGCAGAUGUGGAGUGGAAAUUUGCUCGUGCCAAGCUCUGGUUAUCAUACUUUGAUGAAGGAAGGACUCUGCCUGCUCCUUUUAAUCUAGUGCCAAGCCCUAAAUCAUUUUAUUAUCUCAUAAUGAGAAUAAAAAUGUGCCUCAUAAAACUCUGCAAAUCUAAGGCCAAAAACUGUGAAAAUGAUCUCGAGAUGGGUAUGCUGAAUUCCAAGCUACGGAAAGUUCGUUUUCAGUCAAGCGCUCGAAAUUCAGAAAAUUUUACUGUGAAGAACGCUUAUAACAAGCCCACAAGAUAUCAGGUGGCAGCACGUCUUCCAUCUGGAUUGAACUACCUUGGCCAUCUCCAGCAUACAAAAAUAAUGAAGCGUCUUAUUAAGCGAUAUGUCCUGAAGGCUCAGGUUGAUCGAGAGAAUGAUGAAGUCAAUGAAGGAGAACUUAAAGAGAUUAAGCAAGAUAUUUCCAGUCUCCGCUACGAGCUUCUAGAAGAAAAGUCAGAAGCUACUGGAGAGUUAGCAAGACUAAUACAGCAGCUGAGUGACAAGUUUGGGAAGAACUUAAAUAAGGACAUUUGAUGGCGAACAAAGAGAAAGAGAACUAGUUUUUUAAACAUUAUCUGAUAUUUCAACCAGCAUUUUAAGGGAGCAAAAACAGUGCAAGAGAUGGGUACUGAGCCCUCAACUUUUGCCACCUAACAAAUAUUGGUAAGGGCCUUGUGCAUUAGAAUAUGUUUUUGGGUGAAGCCAACAAUCAGUUAAUAUCUUUAUGAUACAAAGGCUCAGCUCAGCUUUUGAAUGUCAAAUGGCAAGCCAUAGCAUCAGUGAAAUUCACAAAGAAUGUUGCUGA